AUGCGUGAGGCGGAUUAUGAACCCAUAUACGAUAAGAGUGCAGCAAGCAUGAAGCAGCUAAAACAAGAAGAUGAGGAAGAAGCCAAGCAGGAAAUAACUGCUAGACAGCCAGAAAAAGCCUCCAUUCAACAGGAAAAAGCCAACCAGAAAAAAAAAGACAAAAAAGAAAAAUCUUUUGGAAGGAGGGAUUACAGGUAG